AACCCUUAUCUUGAGUAGUUGAGUCACGGAAUAUCGGUCGUUUACCUGUCACAUUUUUCGUAGUUCUCAGCUCGUCAUUCAUCCGUAGUUAGUGGUAAUUGCUUCAGAGUCUAUUUCCUGUGUGAUAAUACAGGAAAUAUUCUGAGACAAUUCUUCAGUUUUAAAGUAUUAUAGCAAGAAUGGUUUAAAAAUAAUAUCAGAAUGCCAGCCCCGACAGAGGAGAAUGUUGUUUCAGAGCUGAGGGCAGCACUCCUCUCAUCCAAAACUCCGCUACGCAUACAAGAUGUCAAUACUGAUUAUAGGGUCCUCAAUGGAUAUAACAUCCCAUUCAAAGAUUUCGGACACAAGAGCUUGGAAGAGUUUCUUACCAAGCUCAAAGAGAGAGGGGAUAUAACCAUGAGAUAUGAAGGGGGCAAUCUCAUGGUUCAUGCUCUUGCCAAAGGCACCUCAGCCCAUGUUACCAGUAUGAUUAGCAAGCAAAAACCAGCAAAGAAAAAGAGUGGUGGUGGGUUCAGAGGGAGAGGAGGAAGAGGUGGUCGUGGUGGGAGAGGAGGUAGUUUUUCUGGCCGACCACCACCUUACAGGCCACCUCCAAGCACAUAUCGACCACCUCCAAGCACGUAUCGACCACCUCCAAGCACAUAUCGACCACCGCCUAGGCCAGAAUCCUCACUUCCUGCCUACAGGCAAACACCAAAGCCAGCAUCUUCAUUUCCAGCUAAUCAACCUCAAAGGCCGUCAUCUCAAUCAACAUCCAAUUAUUCCUCUGCACCCAAAAGCGCCCCAGAAAAAGCUCCGUCUGUUCAAUCUCGACUGUUAACAGCUCGAGCUAAGAAUGACCAUAGUUUUGGACGCUUUGUAGAUAAUAUUCUCUGCAGACAUCUUGGAUCUGUUACGGAUAAAAAUCGUAACUCCAACAAAAAUGAUUUGUUCCAGAAUCGCAUCGGCACAGAAAAUAGAGACUCUAACAUCGACGAUUUCUGUGAAAUCGUCGAUGUCAUUAAUAAAGACAAUGAUAUUGAGAUCAUCAGAGUGAUUAAACGGGCCUCAAGGCCAAAUUCCAAAUUCAACAAUUUUGCAAACCUGCCAUCAAGUUUGCAACAACGUCUAGGUGAAAAAAUUGAUGAUGACGACUCAGGAGCUUACAAUGGUCACUCAUCAUACAAGGGAGAUAACGAACGAACAAGGAAAGAAAAUGAUGUUUGGGAACGUAGGGUUGUAAUAUCCGAUUCACCCUCUACCUCUAAAUUUGAGGACAAAUCUAUUCCUCAAAGGGAACAUCAGGCAUUGAAUGCUCAAACAUACAGGCUCCAAGCGGAAACACUAGCUCCUCGCUUCCAGAAGCAAAUGGAGCAAAGAAAUGGAAUUGCGUCCUCUCAAUCAAACGGAGAAAGUUCAUCAGCAGUAUCUCAAUCUAAUGCAGUGAACAAUUCGUCAGCAGAAGACUUAAGUCAAGGUGGAGGAAAAAUGCUUAGAGGACCAGCUGGCGUUCUUGCCAAAGCAAAAGCAAAUCAGGCCAAGAAAAAUCAGGAGCAAGGAGCUGGAAAUGCACUAUCCUCUAGCAGGCCACAAAAUAAUCAUGUCCCGCCUCUUGGCAAUCCUCCUUCGCUCAACUCAGCACCAUUGCAAGGUUUGGAUAUGUGGUCAGCACAGGGAAUGUUCCCCCAAAUGCUUCAAUCACCUCUGAUGAUUCCCACCAAUAUGAUGAAUCAGCCGCAUAUACCUGUGCCAGCCAUUCAUACAGUGAAUCCAGGUCAACCCAAUUACAUCAAUUUCCCCCAACCGCCUCCCAAUCCUACUAUACAGUACCCCCUGAGUAACCAACUCAAUCAGACACUGUCAAUGAAUGGCAUCAACCCUACCAAUGGCAUCAAUAAUGGGCAUACUUUGAUGAAUGGAGCUGGUUUGGCUAAUGAUACGAGUGCCGCACAGAAUUUAUCAAAAUCUAUUUCAGGCAGACAGAGGAGUGCAACCCCUGCUCAAGACCGGCUGAAGAAUAUCCAGCCUUUGAAUCCAGACCCAAAACCCCCUGUACCGUCAUCCUCUGUCCCAUCAUCUUCUCUACCUAAAAUCAAUGAAGACCUCUCGAAACUCCCGAACGAUGUUAUUAACAUAAUUGACACUAUGGGUUUCUUGGAAGUCAGUGAUACGCAGCAGAUUUCAUAUCAAGACCCUGGCUCUUCACCUGUUUCUUACGUAGAAAAGUUGGCUGGUCUUGCCGAAAAACUUAAAUAUCCCGAUCCGUCCUAUAAAACGCUUUCCAGAUAUUGUAAAACAGAAAGAAAAAUUUUGUAUGCAACUGUGGUAACGUUGGAAGCUGACAAAAAGUACUCAAGUACCCCAGAAGAAUACUCAUCGCCAGCAGAGGCACAAGAAGCUGCCGCAAAGGGUGCAUAUUUAGAUUUGACCAAGAAGUCACAGAUGCCAGUGAAAAAAUUGAGGCCAGUGUCAACUGCAUCAUCCUUUGUUUUGGGCACACGGAUAGGCCAUUUGUUGGAAGGCCAAAAUCAUGGGAUCUGGUCGGACGAAGUUGCAGCAAUGUACAUAAAAAGGUUCCAGGAAGGCCUCCCUGAUAAUUGGGUCAAGCUAGUCCAAGAUUCUUCAGAAGUAGAAGUAAUCCAUGUUGGAGGCAGAUCCAUAAUUACUCCUAAGACUGCUAGUUCCUCCCCUCCAUUCCCUUCACCGCCACCAUUGGAGCUGCCAGAGAAACCACACUGGGAUAUAUUUGUCACAUUACCUCUUUCAACAAAAGAAGUAUGGGUCAGACUAAUUGGAGAUGAUUAUUCUGAUAAAUAUGAUGAUUUAUUGGAUGAAAUGCUUCUUUCAUAUCAAUCUCAGCCAGAGGAAAAUUAUGUCAAGAACCCAGAUGUUGGAAAUUACUACACCGUAAAUAUUGAUGAUAACUGGUUUCGAGUAAAGCUGCUUGGCAUAGAGAAUGGUUUAUACAAGUGCCAUUUAAUCGACAAUGGAGAUAUAGAAACAUUUAGUCCUCAGAGUUUAUUCACUCUUGAUCCGGUUUUCCUGAAAUUUCCUGCUCAGGCUGUGAAAUGUUCCUUGGAUGGACUGGAGAAGUAUGCGGAUGACCCUGCUUCUGAAGAAUACUUGGCGUCAAUUCAAGGACUAAGUUUAGUUGCUGAGGUUAAAUCUCGCACAGAACCUUAUUCAAUAGAGUUAUAUGACACUAGCACUGAUGAUAAUGUUCAUAUGGGUGAAGAGUGGUUGCAGAAACUUGAUGCACAGAAUUCAGCUCCAAUCAUGCCACCUCGUGGUGGCAUUCAACGGGACGUCAAAACGUAUGUGUCUCAUGUAUCUGACACGGGAGAAAUCUUCUUACAAUUCCACACCAAACACUUCCAGAUUCUGCAGGCUCUAGUUGAAGAUAUUACUCCUGAAAUAGUGCAAGCAAACCAAAUCGCAAACUUGGGAGACAUAGAUACUGAAAAAUUGUACCUCGCUAAAUUCACAGACGAUGAAUGGUAUCGAGCAGCGAUUACGAACGUUAACUCCCAAGAUGAUAUUGAAGUUUUUUACAUAGACUAUGGGAAUUCGCACAAUGUACCUUUAAAUGAACUCUUGAGCUUAGAUAAGUUACCUCCGCUAUUAAGUCUUAUUUUGCCUCAGGCAAUUCUGGUGCACUUAGAAUCAAUACCGCCUUCAGUUUUCUCGGAGAAAUUGGCCGAGAAGAUUCGAGAGAUGGUAACAGACGAUACUGAAGUUCUAGUGAAGCGGACCUCUGAAGAUGAGAUUCAGAUUCCAAGAGUUGAAAUAUUCAUCCGCAUGCCUCCUAGCAACAUCCUUGCAUCCAUCAAUAACACCAUUGUAAUAGACCCGGAAUUCAAGCUUAUUGAAAACAAAGAAGGAAGUCCAGAUGUGAAUGUUGAAAAUGCUAGCAAUGUUGAAGAUUUGGGUCAAGCCUCAAAGCAGAGUAACGAAGCCCCCCCUCCCCCUCUGAUUGGAGUUGUGACGCCACUUGUGAAUACCAACUUAAAAGUUGAUGCUAAACCCUUCAUCCCCAAAACCUCUUCCGCUCCUGAACAGAGUCAAAAAAAGAGGGACCUUGUCCCAGCUGGAGAGGACAAGUCUUCUGAAUCUGGGAAACAUAUUGGUUCCAGUCCCUCUGAUUUGCAGCCUUUUGAAUUACCGAAGACAAAGGAUGACACUUUGCACGUUUAUGUUGUCAAUGUUGCUAAUCCUCACAACUUUUCGAUUCAGACGGAAGAAUCACGGAAGACAUUGGAGAAUCUUGAAAAAGAAAUGAAUAAUUUUUACACCAAGUACCCACUAAGCAAGAAAAAAGACUUAGAAAUUGGGCAAACUUAUGCUGUUCGGAUAGUGAAUGGAAAAUGGCAAAGGUUCACCAUCACCUCAUUUUUGGACGCAGAUCAAUGCAUCGGAAGUUUCCCUGACACUGGCGGGCUUCAACUAGUUCCUGUUCAAGACAUCUUUCCUUUGAUGCCAACUUACAAACAAGGAGCCUAUAAGCCUGCGCUAGCAACCAGUGCCAAGUUAUUUGGUGUAGAGCCCAAGUGCAAGGACUGGGAUGUGAUGGACACAUUGCAGUUCCAAAGCAUGGUCAAAGAAAGGAAAUUGAAAUGUCAUAUUGUGAAUAUGAAGAAACAGCUAGAGAUAGAACUAUUCGACUGCAGUGGAUCAGAGGAGAAGAAUAUUGGACAACUGCUAAUACACAGAAAAUGUGCUGUCAGAAGCUCGUGAAAGUUUUUCUGAGUAUCCUUUUCCACUGUUUUAAUUCAAGUCAUCUUUACAAUUUUUUUCCCCGCUUCAGCUUUUUUGUAAUGUACAAAACUGUUAUUUCCCGAAGUUUCGAAUUAUUAAGUUUGUAAUAUUGUAUUAUUUGUAAGUAGUAGAUUUCUUCCUUUUUCUUUUUUCUGCGUUAUUUUAUAUUAACAGUUGAAUGAUAUUUGCAUGCAGCUGGUCGAUGUUAUUUUUUCAAUUAUGUUAAAAUUUUUGAGAAACGAUCACCCAGCGAAAUGAUCCUCCCUCCUCUCCUCUUUCCCACCUUAUCAAGUAUAAAUUUUGUCAGGGAAUAAUAGGCAGGGCUCUCUGAAACCAUGCAGAUUUGAAUUACUUGCCUGGUCUUGCAGUGAAAAUCAAUGCAAUCUUAAAAUUAACGUUUGCUACCUAAGUUAAAAUUUAUGAAAUGAAAUGAGCAUUUUACCCUUGUUAGUAUUUACGUUCAUUGCAUGAUGUCAAAUAGUAUAAGUAAGUUUAUGAAUACAUGUCCAAGCAUGAUAGUGCAAGAUCAGCCUCCUGAAUUAUGAUUUCAGUGGCUGAAGUACGAAACCACGUAUCUCCAUUGUAAUGUUUCAAAACCUCUACCCCUGUUUUCUUUCUUUGGAGGGAAAGAAGUCAACCAUAUUGUUUGAAAUUUCUACGGAAUAUUCCACUAAUAGAGAAGAAAAAUCAAGGAAGUAGGUAUUCAAGGCAUUAAGUUGACUAGCUUUGCAUGAAAAAAUAAAAUAUGACCGGAAGGCUGCAACGUUGCAAACGGAUAUAAGAGGUUUCUUACUUCAGCCAUCGAUUUGUGGUUCAGUCUCCUGAAAUUCUCGCAGGUAAAAAGCAGCUCCGCCUACUUACAGAUUGCUUCUAAGACAUAUAAAAAUAUUUUGAGAACCUUUUUGUAUUAGAUUUUUCUUAACUUUAUCUUAAAAUAAAUGAAAACAUAUUAGGAACUGUUUCUAAGAAAUACAUGAAGUUAUAACUUAUUUAAGAGAUUAUUUGGUUUUUUCUAAUGAGACUGACAAUUUGUUUAAUUUUUCUAGUUUAAGCACAUUAGCUUCUAUUGCAUCUUAAAAAAAAAAAUGACUUAUUUCUGCAAUGAAAACACAAAGUUUGAUUACUCAAAACGAAAAGAAAAGCCUCUGUUGUAUCAACAUAUAGGCUGCAAAACUCUUGCCCUAAAUUCUCAUUUGACAGUGGACUGAUAAACUGCUAACCACAACUGAUCAAACUUUCCAAAGAAUUGUAAUGAAAAGUUUUUACUGGUUUAUUGUUUAUUUUUUUUUUUUUUUUUGUACACGGGUGUAUCUUAUACUAGGAGUAGAAGUUAGAGUUUCUAAGAUAUAAAUUAUAAGAUAGAGGAGGAUUCAAACCGAAUUUUCUUACAAUUGAAAAUUGCUCUAGAUUUUUGAUUCAAAGUUAGGUUCUGUAUUUUUCAGUCGAUAUUUAUGCUGAAUGGCAAGUAUUAUUAGUUGUAAAGCACUUCAUACACGGUUCAGUGUGUGCAUACGUCACAGUGUGAGCAGUUCACAGUUACACAACCCUGUGUUAAUCCAAGUGCAAAAUGUUUCGUCUGUCUCAAGAGGUGACGAAAAGACUGACAUUUUUUCUGUGUAAUUGAAUUUACUGCAUUCGAUGAGAUUUCACAACUGUCUGAAGAAUGAUUUUAGAAUAUUAUUAUAUUUAUGAGGAUAUGAGGACAACUGUAAAAAUGAGGUCACAUUUGUCCUCAAUAUGGUCUAUCUUCUGAAUUUUGGUACAGCAUUUCUUCAAUUUUCUACGGCGUUAAGCCCCAGUCUCAGAACGAACCACUAGACCGUGUAAAAUAUUGUGCACCACAACACUAUGUUAUCUCAUCUAAAUUUCUUAUAGAACAAGGUGAAUAUUUCAAACAGUGCCAAAUUUAAUACUUAAAUGAGCAAUCAGCUAUAUCUGAGAUUAGGAAUUCAAACUUUCUGUUUGCCCAAAAAAUAGAAGUCUCCUUGAAUCACAUCAACCACUAAACAACACAAUUCCAGUGCUUUUGAACAAUGAAAAAAUUUUCUCAGUGUGCUAAAUUUUUCCACGUAAAGUUUACUAAUACUGCGUGUCAGAGGGAGAAAUACAUUUUUGUAGAAUCCAACAUUACUUAUUAGUCAAAUGUCCUUAAUGGCCACAUUGACCCAUAUUGAUUUUGAUUUUUACAUAAGCAGGAAGUUUUUUAUUAAACAUGUGAACCAUAAAUGCUAAUUACGUAUCUAUUAGUCGACUUUUGAGCUGUUUAAAUGUUCAAUUUACUCUGCUUGGAAUUUUGGUGUGGUAUCAUAUCAAUGGUGAAACUGCAGGAAUGCGUAUCUCAAUUUGCAACUUUGCUGACUUUCUGUCAUACUUUAUUUUCUACUUGACAAACUACUAAAUGUCAUUUUUCUAAAACCUCGGUGGCUCUUCUUCUCCAUGCAAGGAAUAUUCUGUAAAAAUUUCUAGGUGUAUUGUUGGUUUGAUCCCCUUUUUUAAGUAAUAAAAUAGGAGUAGAGAUUUUGAAACACCAAAACCAAGAUACACAUUUUUUUAGUUUCACUGUUGAUAUGUACCUUUUUGUACUUUAAUUUUUAUCAAGUGUAGUGGUCAGUUAUCUAAUUCCUCAGAAAUAUUUUGCUAUUAUGCUAUUUAUAAGUGACACCAGCUUUCAUUCAUCUGUUCUUGAAUUCUUCAGAUAAAUACUCAAAACUAGUUGUACGAAAAAUACCAACCCAUUUUAGUAUUUCUUGCCCUUUUGUGAAAAAUUAAUCAAAAGUAGAUUUAUUUCCUUCUUUUCUUUUACUUUUUUUGUACUCAAACGGUUGGUUGACAACGACAGGAAUAUAGAUAGUAUAUUGCAAUAUUACAUUUUCAAUUUUAAUGUUUCAGAUCAAGUGUUCUUAAAAUUGUACUUUGAAAUAAACUGAUUUUUGUAUUUGAAGACUGAAAACAUUUGCAUUUAUCAAUCAAAAUGUUUCUUUUCUUUUGUCAAGGAGCCCUGCAAAAGGCCAAAGUGGCAGUGGAGAAAAUUGAAAUUAUAUCAGAUGGUGUGAAACAGAAUUUUUAUAUACAGUGCAGAAAAUUUGUCCCCAGAAUUUAUAUCUCAUUCCUUGAUUAUGAACUUUUCUGGAGAGGCUCUUAAUAGUAUCCUUUUUACUUGUUCUAAAUAUAAACAUGAGGUCAAGACUGAAGAAGGUGUUGGAUUAACGAAUCAUCUUGUUGCAUUACUCCUUUUUUGCUUUUUUCAUUUUUACCACUUUAUUCGUGUUUUGUUAUCUUCUGUUUUUUUUUACUGUUUUGUCUCCAUUUAAGUUACUGCCUUCCCGCAAAAUUUAGCCUUAUAAUUUUCUUUUUUUUAUUUAUUCAAUUAUUCGAAGUAUUUCAACCUUUGGCUUUCAAGAAGACAUAAAUUCCACUUAUCAGCUUUUUCUCUCUCUGGUUGAAUCCUAAAUCCUUGUUCAACUUUUAUUCAAAGUUUUUAAGUAUGUAAUUGAUUUCUGGGGGCACUCUGUUGUGAUUUUCAAAUUUGAUUUUUCCAAUAAUUUGAUUUUUAAAAUAUCAUCAUUUCAGGGAAUUGUGAUAAGUCUUUGAGCCAACAAAGAUUUUGCUCACUUAUAUUCUUUGCCCUUGAACGUCUAAGUUGUAAAUGAGAUUAUUUAAGUUUUUAGAACUUCCAGGGAGAGGACUUGCUGAGGCACUGAGAUUGCCAUAGCAGAGAUUUUUAUGAUGGAUUCAACAUGAAAAUAAACUAUUGUCUGUGCUAGCUACAGCUUGAAUUUUGGAAAGUGUUCUUCGUAAUGGGUCAAUUGCGCUGGUCUCAGAGUCAUCUUUUAAUGCUUGAUUCUUGUAGAUCAGCCAAAAGUAUUAAGAUCUGUUCAAACUGCAACUUUCCACGUUCAAUAUUAAACGAGGUAUUGUGCUUUAAAAAAUUUGGUUUAUGACGUCAUCCACCAUGGUAGUGACAUUCUUGGUUUCUUUCUCCUAGCUUUCAUCUGAGUUUCACGUUGAGUAACUACUACAACUGUGUGUCUCUGAUGAAAGCAAAUUGGAAGAAACCAAAGGCUUCACCACCGCGGUGGAUGAUGUCAUAAACUGACUUUUUCAAGGUGCAGUAUCUCGAUUAAUAUUGAACACAGGAAAGUGCUGUUUGUACCGAUCUUAUUAUUUUUAGCAGAGCUAUAAGGAUACAGCAUCAAAACACGAUUCUGAGAGCAGGGCAACUGAUUCAAAUAUUCAACUAAAACUCUUUUUGCAUAAGAAAAUAAGAUUUUAGAUGUAUUCCAUAAUUUUUGUAAGCUCUGUCACAGUCUGAUUUAUCAUGAAUGUUUAUUAAAAAAGAGAAUAUACUGAAUAUUAAAGGUACUAUUUUAAUAA